CACACAGCCCUAUUGUGAAAUAGGUAACAAAGAUAUCUCUAAAUAUAUUGAGCCAGUAAGUGACAGAUCUAAGCCUGAUGCCCAGGUUUGCCCCCAGAUUGGGGUGCUUUUCCACCUCACUCCAUUACCUUACAACCCCAUAGUUUCCUUGUCAUAUUGUGUAGGAUGUGUGUGGAAAGCUGCCAACCAAGAAGAAAACUGAGGUUUCACUUGUGAAUGGCUAAUAGGAAAAUCAUGUGCCUGAUUCAAAUAAAUAUCUACUUGUUAGAUAUCUAAUGUCUAUUAAUCUUCUAUUAGGAGAUUUUAUUCUUACUUUUAUCAAGUGGGUUGUCUAAGAGGUAACAUAAUCAGCCCUUGAGGUAAUAUUCCAGGAUCCUCAGCUUGUUUUGCACCUGUGGCUCCCUUUUUUUCAGAGAAUGGUAUGUGAAAGGGAAUGAGGUGGAUGAGCAUUAAAUAAUUUCUUUUUCGUGUGAGUGGGAGGAGCUUUUUAUUCUAGCUUCUGAAAGACUCCAUUAAAAGCAGUCAGUGCACCUGGACAACCACGAAGCAGAUUCAUUAGCAGGGAGUCAGCAUGGCUAAGUCCAAAUUUAUUGAGUACCUUGAUGAUGCUUUAGAAAAAUCAAAAGAAACUGCACUUUCUCACUUAUUUUUCACCUAUGAGGGGAUUCCUUACCCACUCACCAUGUGUACCUCCGAAACUUUCCAAGCGCUGGAGACUUUCGAAGCCAGAAGCAAUGACAUUGUGCUAGCAUCCUACCCAAAGUGUGGCUCAAACUGGAUUCUCCACAUUGUCAGUGAAUUAAUAUUUACUGUUUCUAAAAAAAGAUAUGAAUAUCCAGAAUUCCCGGUUCUUGAAUGUGGAGACUCGGAAAAAUAUGAGAGAAUGAAACAUUUUCCAUCACCAAGGAUUUUAACAACACACCUCCAUUAUGACAAAUUACCUCGGUUCAUCUUGAAGAACAAAGCCAAGAUAUUGGUGAUAUUUUGAAACCCUAAAGAUACGGCAGUAUCUUUUUUUCAUUUCCACAAUGAUGUUCCCGAUAUUCCAAGCUAUGCCUCCUGGGAUGAAUUCUUCAAACAGUUCAUGAAAGGACAAGUUUCUUGGGGAAGCUAUUUUGAUUUUGCAAUUAACUGGAACAAACAUCUUGAUGAUGAAAAUGUCAAGCUCAUAUUAUAUGAAGACCUGAAAGAGAACCUGGACACUGGCAUAAAACAAAUAGCUGAAUUCUUAAAAUUCUCUCUAACUGGGGAGCAGAUUCAAACUAUCUCUGCCCAGAGCACCUUCCAAGCAAUGCGAGAAAAAUCUCAGAAGACACAUGGCCCUGUUGGCCCCUUCCUGUUCUGCAAAGGUGAAGUUGGUGACUGGAAAAACUGGUUCAGUGAAGCUCAGAGCCAAGAAAUGGAUGCAAAAUUCAAAGAGUGUUUAGGAGGCACUUCCUUAAGAGCAAAGAUGAAGUAUAAAUCAUAUUCCCAGGAUUGAUUGUGGCUAAGUUGGCAGGCCUGGAUAUUUUCUUUUCCUUAAUAAUAAAUGAAUUUAAAGAAUUAAGUAAUAUUUAAAUCAAACAAUCAAAUAAUGAUAAGUAACAUUUAAAUCCAAAUAAAAGAAAUAUAAGAAUGAUAACAACUUAAAUUUUUGAGUACUAAUUUAAGUUUGCCCAAUUUUUUUUUAAAGGAAAAAGCAUUUAUUGUCCAAAAAGAAGCUAUUGUUAAUGUGUUGUAUAUGAACUUCUUUCAUGCUGAACUUACACAAGAGCAUAAAUAGAUACUAUCAGAGAUAUACCUACAUCUGAGUUUGAACAUAGAUGAAAUAGUUCUCCAAAUGAUGUACAAUCUUUUUGUUCUUUCCUUGGAAAAAUGAUUCUUUUUUCUCACUACAGAUCAAAGUACUUGUGGCUAUCUCCAACUUGUUGGGUGAAAUUUAAUGGACAGUGUAUUGACAUAAGAUUAAUAAAUCCUAUUGUAAUUUGAUAGAAGAAAAAUGCAUGGCUCAUUUACUGUGCGUAUGCCCUGAUAGUAGGCCCUAAAAGGCUCUAGUCUCAAGGGGUUUUAUAUUUCUUCCUAGUGCAAUCUUUAAUUCAAAUUAAGGGUAACGAGGGAGAGCCCAAGGUCCCAGGCCGCCAGAACCCCCCCUCCAUCCAACCCGCUCCAUGCACACAGGCGCUCCAUGCACACAGGCGGGGACCAGACAGAAAGUUAACGAGGACUUCUCCCCACUGGCCACGCCCAUGGCGGCGUUCCGCUCCCCGCCUCCCCCCCCUCUGGCCUCCUGGCUGUACUGCUACCUGGUUCCACACUAGAAAGACACA